GCAUUUUUUUCUAAAAGUAAACAACCCUAUUUCCAUUAGUAAAUCUAAGCAAGCAGUUACGGGUACCAAAGAUGUUUCAUAAAACAGAAAGUACGUUUUCCCGACAGAAGUUCUACAGAAACGACGAAUUUACUGACGAACUAAACGAUUUGUUUAAUAAAAAAUAUCAGUUUCGCUUUAACAACGAGUGGAAAAUGCCCGAUCGGGAAUCAUGGUUUACUACGCCGCCUUGGAAGGUUAAAGCUUUGGAAUCGCUGAAAACGAGACUUAAUUUUCACAAGAGUCAGCUGAAUGACUUCAGUAUUGAGGAGUGGAGUAGCCAUACACGCAGACGGAACCCAGCUGGGGAAGUAGGCUGGAAGGUUAGAUGUUUAAUUAACCCAGAGUUUUUGACCCAAGCAUGGACUAAAUUCUAUGAGUGCGCUUGCACAUACAGUAUCGUGUCAAAAGAAGCCAGCAUAUCAAGAAAGAUGGUCUCGCUGCAUCUUUGUGAAGCACCUGGAGCUUUCAUUACAUCUAUGAAUCAUUAUUUGAAAUUAAACCAUCAAGAUAUGCAGUGGAAAUGGGUAGCCAACACUCUUAAUCCCUAUUAUGAAGGAAAUUCUCCUUCAAACAUGAUCAGUGAUGACCGAUUCAUGUUCCACACCCUAGAUAGCUGGCAUUUUGGUGUGGAUAACACUGGCAAUUUGAUGAAUUGGGAGAAUUCACAAGCUAUUGUCAAAAAAGCUAACAGCUUAGGAAAGGUUAUGCUUAUCACUGCGGAUGGAUCUAUUGACUGUUUACAGAAACCAGAUGCUCAGGAGGAGGUCACAUCUCCAUUACAUUACUGUGAAAUUGUGACUGCACUACAGACCCUUAGUCCAGGUGGAACGCUUAUAUUUAAGCUUUUUACUAUAUUUGAACACUCAACAGUUUGUUUACUUUACCUCAUCAAUCACUUAUUCAAAGAAGUCAAUAUAUAUAAACCUGUUACAUCUCGUCAAGGAAACUCUGAAGUCUACGCAAUAUGUCUCCGAUAUAAAGAUAAUAUUAACUUGGAUGAAUACAUACCUAUCCUCAAAUCAAUGUAUGGCACUGAACUAUAUUCGAAAACAGCUCUUUUUCCACUAGAAGCAAUACCUGAAUCAUUCUUAAAGCAAGUUGAGGAAUGUGCAUAUUACUUCAGUUCAGUCCAGUGUCAUGUGAUAAACAAUAAUCUUCAAGCAUAUUUAAUGCAGAAAAAUAUAGCAUUACAUAGAGACAUGAAGAAAAUCAGAGGCAUUGUUGCAUCUGAAUUUAUCUGGAAAUAUAACUUGAAACCAAUUGAAUUUGAACAGGAAAUUUUGAAAGGUGCUCUACAUGAAGAAAAUAAAAUAAACACAAAUCCACGAUACCACCGCGGCUCCUACACAGAGAGGCAGUUAUAUUCGAAAAUGUCAUUGAAAGAAAAAUUGAAGAACCUCAAUGCAUUCUUACAAGCGGAACUCUUGUCAAAUCCUCUAAUUUUGAUAAAUGAACCUAUUCGGUGGAUGCUUAAAGACAAAAAUAUUAAACUAGAAAUAGUUUUUACGUAUGGACUGCCUUUACAAAAGGUGAACAGUUCAAAAUUUAUAUUUGUCCCAAUUUUUAGGCUAUAUCAGCAAAUAUUAGCUGAGGAGGAGUUUAAGGAAAUAAUCCUCCAAAAACAAUCCAAGGGACAAGUUAAUGUGAAUGAGAUAGAGAGUGAUAUUUCAAAAGUUCUCUUAUUGCCUGAGUAUCAAUACAAAGACAGUUACAAUGUUUAUGAGAAAAAAUGCUUUAAGUCAUUGCUCAGUAUAUUAAAGGAACUGGGAAACGGAGAGACUCUUUUAUUAAAAAAUUUUAGCACACUUACUCAUUUUAAUGUUAGCACUCUGUACAUUCUUUCUAAGGUGUGUUUCGAAAAGACUGGAUUUGCAUCAUGCGGAAACAUUAUUUUAAGUAAUUUUCAAGAUAAAUCUUUAUUAAACUUUCUAGAUAUUAUAGAUAUUGAAUGUGAUAAAUGCAGAUGUGACAAAUCAAAAGAUAUUUUAAAUAAUCUUCCAGUACAGGUAACUAAUGAUGGAGAGUUUUUCAAUAACAUUGUUUUUUACAAUAAUACAUUCUAUAGAAAUAAAUGCAUGGAGUACUUGUACACUAUCGAAAAAUCUAUUUAAAAUUUUAUCAAUAUUAAAUGCAUUUAUUAUAU